AUGGUGAUGCUUGCGCCUAAUGUUACCAGUGCAGAGUCUUCUGACACAGAGACUUUAACUGGCUCCAUAGAAACAUUUGACAUCAAGAAUCAUGAAAUCAGCUCAUCUUCCCAGACAAAAGAGACGACCAACCAUCAUUAUCAUCCACCACCACACCGUCAUUUCGCUCCUCUAUCGACACCAUUGAACAGAAGACUACAGACCCUCGUGGUAUUCUGGCAUUCAAUUUCUAUUCCGGUGUUUGCCCUGUUUUCUCUUUUUGCAAUCACCUUCUUCCCUUUCACUUGGGUACUUCUUGUUCCUUAUUUGAUUUAUUUCUUCUCAAACAAGGUAUUUGAAAAUGGUGGGGUUGUCAACAGAAUGUCUUCUAACUUCCGGAAUUUACUGAUAUGGGGGUAUUUUGACGGCUACUUCCCAAUCGUUCUUCACAAGACUGUUGAUCUCAAGCCAAGUUUUAAGGAGAUCAACAUAACUGACGAGUUUUAUAUUGAUAUUAGCCUUUCCUUGGCCUGGGAAUCUUUUUUGUCGGCCAUUCCUAUAAUUUCACGAUAUAUUAAAGAUCAUCGUCUUUCAGUUUUCCCUAGACCUCCAUAUAAGAAGCUCAUUCCUGAUGGUCCUGCGUACAUUUUUGGUUAUCAUCCUCAUGGGGUGGUAGCCAUGGGUGCCAUGGGUGCUAUAGGAACCAAUGGGGCAAAUUGGUCCUCAAUAUUUGCUAAUAUUCCUGUGUGUCUUCUCACCUUGGGAACCCAAUUCAUCAUUCCAUUUUAUCGUGAUUAUCUUUUGGCUCUAGGAAUCUCUUCGGUAUCCAAGAAAAAUAUUCAAAGCAUUCUUGCCCAACACACGUCAGUUUCAAUUGUCAUUGGAGGGGCCCGUGAGGCAUUGAUGUCCAAACCAGGAACUUGCAAAUUAAUUCUUAAAAAUCGUAAAGGUUUUGUUAAGCUUGCCCUUCGAACCCCUAAUGUCUGCCUUGUUCCGGUGUUUGCAUUCGGGGAAACUGAGAUAUAUGAGGUUGCCCAACCUUCAUCAACCUCUUGGCUACAUAAGGCUCAAUUAGUGUUGAAAAGUGCGGUUGGAUUUACUGUCCCAUUUUUCCAUGCUAGAGGAAUUUUUAAUUAUGACUUUGGUCUUUUGCCAUAUCGUCGGAGAAUCGAUGUUGUUGUUGGCAAGCCUAUUGAAGUCCCAUACGAUCCUGAGCCAUCAGAAGAGGUGGUGAAUAAAUGGCAUGAUAUUUAUGUGGAAGAAUUGUUAAAAUUGGUGGAGACGAAUAGAGAACGUUUCAAUUAUACAACAAAGGUGGAGUUGUUGUAA